AUGUCGUCGUCUUGGAAGGACAAGUUUAGCCAGGUCAGCGCCAAAACGCUGGCUCUCGGCGGCAAGCAGUACGUGAGAAGCUGCAAUGAAAGAAAGAUCAGGUAUUCCGACCCGUUCAAAUAUACCCCUCUAAGCGGGCCCAAAUGCUUCCGACUGCUACGAAUUCUCCCUGGAGCGAAUACAGACGCCGUUGAGGUAGAGAUGUACGAAGCGAAUCUUGACGACAAGCCAGUAUUUGAGGCGCUGUCAUAUACGUGGGAUCUCACCCCACGGUUAGAUAUUCGGAAUUUCGGAGAAAGCAAGGACAAGGGAGAACGUCGUCCAAUUCUAUGCAACGGCAAUACCGUCCAUGUUACUAUGAAUCUUUACCUCGCGUUGCUCGAAUUCCGAGGGAUGAAGCUCGAAUCACCUCUUUGGGCAGAUCAAAUCUGUAUCAACCAGGAAGAUAAUGGGGAGAAGAUCCCGCAAUUGGCGAUCAUGGCACAAAUCUACUCGUCGGCAUCCACAGUCGUGAUUUGGCUUGACACUCWCACUAAACUCCGGAGUUCAGCAUUAGACUUCAUGGAGGCCCUACCCAACGAGAAACCCGAUCGGCCUACCAGAGCCACCUCUGAUACGCCAACACAGCAGUCGGUCCUUGGAAAGAUUAGUCGGUCGUUUAACGCUACUAAGGAGAUCUCGAGGAACGUGGAGCAGCAUUGUCAUUGGCUGGCCGUGGUAGCAUCGCUCGGGUGUGCUUGGUUCGAUAGGAUCUGGACGCUCCAGGAAUUCAUGCUUGCCAAUCGCUUCAGGAUCUUGAUGGGCAAUCGAGAAAUUCCACCGUCGGCCUUUGUCAAGGCCGCAGCCCAAAUAUUUGAAUUCUAUGCCACGGACUCAUUAUCUGUCCAUGCGGGCAUCAACAAUUAUAUUAGCAGUAGCUUCGGCGUGCUUGCACAGAAUCGUUCAACACUGUUCGAAGGAAGGAUCCAGUUCCAGAAUGGCAGACGAUACAGCGCCGCGGAAUACCUCGUCAUAGCCAGGCGACGAGAGGCAACGGUGCCGGUAGAUCUAGUCUUUGCGGGUGCUGAACUUCUUGAACAGGGCGCUCCGGAGUCAGUCGCCUACUUCUCCACUACUAGAGAUGUAUUUUAUGCAUUUGCGGCAGAAAGACUUUGGCCACAGACAGGGAUGGAAUCGCUGUCCCUUGUGGGCGGGACGUCACCAAAGAUAGAAGGCCUUCCGUCGUGGUGUCCGGAUCUAAGUAGCGAGUUGGUACCACACCCGCUGCGAUCUUGCGGUUGCCAAACUUUGCAGCGUCCACCGAUGGCGCCUGAAGGCGGCGGGUAUGUGAUACAGGGGCAGGCGCUGCACGUCAAAGCCGUGAGAUGGAGCAGCAUCAGCCGAGUCGGAGAAUCUCUGUGGAGCUGGGUUAAUUGGGAACAGUACCCAUACAACACGGAAGAGGAUCGAAGAAGAGCGACCCAAGUUUCAAGGAAAAGGAUGAAGACUUCCACGGCAAGUCCUCAGGAGCUGUUCGGUUUGAUGCUCGCCUUGCUCGAUGGAAUGGAAGGUGUUUAUAUGCCAACCGGCGAGCGGCCCAUAGAUGCACUCUGGAAUACGCUUACUGGGGGUACCGCAUCUGCUAGCGGCGAGGAUACCGCCGUGUGGCGAGAUCGAUUUCACAACUUCUUUGCGCUGAUAUACUUGACCAAUCGUAUGGGUUUGGAGAACGAGAAGAACUCGACGUCAGCUCCACGUCCGUGGAAGAUGUCGUUGAUUCAGGAUCUGCCGCACUUGCAGGAGCGUGUCACAUCCUUCCUUGACGUCCAUGAUCGGCCACUUGGCCAGGGUCAGGAGCCACCGUUGAAGAAAGUCAUCGCUGAUCUCACGGACCGCAUCUACAGCGGCAGUGUUCUCCAGGCAUUGUUCCGCGGAGAUCCCUCUCACGAGCCUGCUGGCAAGUUUAGCGAAUUGUUCAGUAAAGUUUACGAAGGUCGUCGAAUCUUCUCUACGCCAAAUGGAUAUCUGGGCAUCAGUACAGAGGAUGUUAGGCAUGGUGAUGUUAUCUCGCUAGUCGCCGGGGCCAGUAUGCCAUAUGUCUUGAGACCAGUUGACGGCGCAGCGGCGACGUUCACCCUGGUCGGUGAGGCGUAUGUCCACGGUUUGACGGGAGAUGGUGAUCUCAACGAGACUGGUCUUGUCUAUAGCGAUAUCAAGAUAGUGUAG